AUGGCUUCUUCAACAGGCUCCUUACCUGCUCCUUUACCCUCGCCCCUCGCCCAAAGCGCCUCCUUCGCAGACGAUCGAGAAGAAAAUACGGCGGCGGACCUCGACCCCGCACUUUCCCACCGUCUCGACUCUGUUCCUCCACUGACCACCACGCCUGCAGUGACUGAGGAUGACAAGGUAGAAGCUUUGCACCUCCUGGCCGAUUCGGUUGCCCAACAACGCCAAAUCGCCUCGACCGCCACGAUUUUCCAUCCCUCGACCCUGUCCCUAAUGAUCCUCGCUCUCGGCCUGGUCUACCAGUACUUCUACCACGGAUCUCGAUCCGACCUCGCCCUCGUGGGCACGACUAGCGCAGGCAUUGUCAUGUCCGUGCUCAUCACCGUGCGGUGGUUGACGAGCCCCUACAUUGAAGAGGCGGAACGAGUCGGGACCUGGAGAUGGCUGGACUUGGGCCGGAACGAUGCCAACACCAGCAGCAGCAUCGUCGGCUCCGAGGAUGAGAUCCUGCUGACCCGCUUCGGCGACGAAGUCAUCGGCACGAUCUUCAUUCGCGGCGUCCGUGACGACUGCGGCGGCUCUUCAUCCUCCCCAACGAACACAUCUUCCGCAAACAGCUCGCCGAAGAAGACACGAGCCAAAAACCUCCCCGUCACAGCCCUCAUCCGCGGCUGGACCGUCAAGCGACGGUAUAGACACAAGGGCAUCGGGACCGGUCUGUUGGAAGAAGCCGUCGCCCUGGCACAGAGCAAGGGCUGGCAUGGCCCGGAGUUUGCGGAGGACCAUGCCAACAGUGCGAAACUCAUGCCCAUGACGUUCCUCAGCGGGUUCGUCAAGAGGGAGAAAUUGGCCCGGCUGGCGUUGGAGAAGGUCAAGAGCGAGAAGGGCGUCACUAAUGAUGUCGGGAAGAAUGGGCGGAGAGCAAAGAGAUAG